GGGAGAAGCCCAGCCGUGGGGCGGGCAGGGAGGGGGCGCUGGCCGGAGGAACGCAGAGCCCAGCGGGCGGCGGCGCGCGUAGUAAGCCCAGCACUUGGCUUUGUAAUAAAAAUAAGGCGCACGCGGGGCGCAUGCGCGCGGCGGGCGGCGGCGAGGCGGCCACAGCUUCUACACGGACUCGCCCCGCGGACGGUGCAAUCGGGUGCAGCUCUGCACCAGAGUUCUGGAUCCGCAAUCUCUCCACUGGAAGCUACAGCAGUUCUCCCAAGGUUGCAGAUAUGGCUAAUGGGAUCAGAACACACAGAGAUACGGAAACAACAGAUGUCCGCAGCCCAGGAGACGUCAGGUUCCACACCUGGCCAGCAAGGAGUGGGGAACCGAGGGUCCAAUGCAUGCUGCUUCUGCUGGUGCUGCUGUUGUAGCUGUUCUUGUCUCACUGUCAGAAACCAAGAAGAGCAGAGGCCCAGGAGAGCUUCCCAUGAGCUCAGAAUUGAAGACCUUCCAAGCUGUGAAGAAAGCCCAAGCCCCACACUGGAAGAAGUCCACGCCUGGGCUCAGUCAUUUGACAAGCUCAUGCUUACUCCAGCGGGACGGAAUGCUUUUCGCGAAUUCCUCCGAACUGAAUUCAGUGAAGAGAAUAUGCUUUUCUGGAUGGCAUGUGAAGAACUGAAAAAAGAAGCCAAUAAAAACACUAUUGAAGAGAAAGCAAGGAUAAUAUAUGAAGACUACAUUUCUAUUCUCUCUCCUAAAGAGGUCAGCCUAGACUCCCGAGUGAGAGAAGUCAUCAACAAGAACAUGGUGGAACCAUCCCAACACAUAUUCGAUGAUGCCCAGCUUCAGAUCUACACCUUAAUGCACAGAGACUCAUACCCUCGGUUCAUGAACUCUGCUCUCUAUAAGGAUUUGCUCCAGUCCUUAUCUGAGAAGUCAGCCGAAGCCUAGAAUGUUAUUAAAUAUAUUUAUUAUUAAUAAAACAAUAAAAGAACUCAAGGACUAUGUCUAGUGCAGGAAACUGAGAGGUAGCCCAAUCUUCUGCUGGAGUUAUACUUGGGCUAUUUUAAUACCAGAUGUCCCCUCCUACAGAUUGCUAUAUAGUCACAAUGUAAACUGCAGCCACCUUUAGUAAUACUUUUAAAGGGGAAAAAUGGGGCAUGGCUGUUUUAGAACAAUAAUGUAUUUGGGAUUCCAGUAGCAUGUUCUCAGUGGCGACGGAUACACCAGCAGCUCCAUAACGCUGGAGCAUGUCCCUCCGCUGGAGCAGACAGGACUGCAGUCUGUGUUUGCAUGAGUACAGUGCCUGAGCACACUUCUCUCAAAGGCAAGUCAUUCAAGGGGAUAGAUGGUGACACGCCCUGUUGAGCACACCUUAUACUGUGCAAGGACCUGGGUUCAAGUCCCCAAUCCCUAUCUGUAGAGAGAAGCUUCACAGGUGGUGAAACAAGUCUGCAAGUGUCUUUCUCUCUACCUAUCUCAUCCUUCCCUCUUGAUUUCUCUGUCUCUAUCCAAUAAAUAAAUAUUAGAAAGGAAAAAAAAAAA